AUCUUACCAUGGUGCUCGUGUGUGGCAUUCCUCUGCUCUUCAUGGAGUUUACUGUUGGGCAGUAUACUCGUUUAGGGCCUGUGCAUGCUUUCGCCAAAAUCUGUCCCUUGUUGAAAGGUAAGUUACUAUCCAGGACUUAUUUAUUUUUGUUGUUGGACCACCUUUAAAACACGUUUUUUCUUCGUAUGCAUUUAUAAUAGAUUUCAAAAUCCAAAACCAAGAGUCCAACUCAUAUAUUUGCAGACAAAUAUUUAAUUAUUAGCCAACAGCACCAGAAACUCCAGCUGAUCAAUACAGAGUCUAAACAGUGAGUUCUAAAAUGGACUGCCCUACCAACCCAGGUAACUGUAGAAGAGGUCAGACAAGCUUGAUGUAUUUAAAAUUUGUAGCACAAUGAAAACACAAGAUUAUAUCUGUGUUUAUUUCAAAGAUAAUUGCUGUCAACAUUAAAACAUAGCAUAUGAAUCAGACGACACACAGAAAUGGAAAAAAGAAAAGUCUUCAGCCAAGGAUGAGUUAAAGCUGCAAAGGGGUUAAGAAACACAAACAGCAACACACUUUAUAAUGACAACCAAGCACAAAGUGCAGUCAACCCAUGUAUGAGAGUGAGAUGGUUUGAAAUCUUGCCACACCCUGACAGAAGCAAGUUUUUUUAAAAAACUUGACAAUCAUGAAAAACGGGAAUAAUUUAUGUAAAACAUGACAGACCUCAUGUGUGGAUUUUCUGCUUUCCUCCAGCCAUGAAGGCCACAUUACCAUUCAGUGUAAAGUAAAAAAGGAUCUCAGAUAAAGAUUUAAAUUAUUUAUCCAUAUUUAGCCACGGUGAAGGCAUGCAGGUGUCUUAAUGCUUUGGUUUGAAUAAAUCCUGCUUUAUUUUCUUUCAUAUUUUUUCAUGUUGAUGGAUGAGAACUUGUUUAGCCAAAUUUUCAACCUCUGUGACUGCAUGUAUUUUAACUUUUGUGAGGUAUGAUUGAACCUUUCAAACCAUCAAGGUGACGUCAGUAAAAUCCGAGAUAAUUAAGUCAAUCACGAGCGACUGAAGAUGUUCUCUCUGAGUCUGCAUUAGUUCAUUAAAAAGGCCAAUAAAGUGGAUCAGUAUAUUCCUUAAAGUUCGAUUGUUGUUAAAAAAAUAUAGAAGCUGAGACAUUCCCACAGUUUUACAUCUCCAGAAAAUGAAAAGUGUGGACUCUGAGAGGACCAACAGUCUGUCCAAAUCCCUCUAAAUCAAACAAGAGACCAGCCAUCAACAAUCUCUACUUGUGGGUGUGAAAUGACGAUGCUUUCUCUCUUGUUCUAACUUGAGGAUUUUUCUCCAUAGUUUUCUUAUCUCCUUAAGGACAGAGAUUAUCUACCCGGUCAAAACGUUUGGGUCCUUCACUUGAUUUAUCGCUCAUUUCUUCCUGGUUAAUGCUCUGUGCUAAACAGGGGCCCAAAGCAGGUGUUGGUCUGGCCACAGUUGUUAUCUCCUUCGUUUUCUGCACCUAUUAUAAUGUGCUCAUGAGCUGGGCACUUUACUAUUUAUUCAAUUCCUUCGGAAUGGAGACUCUGCCCUGGAAGUCCUGCAACAACACCUGGAAUGCUGUUGGAAACUGUUCGAGUGGCUUUCCUGGCAAUGAUACCCACCUGCAGUCUGCUAGCCAACAGUUCUUUGAUAACAGACUUCUGGAAAAGACUCGUGGUAUUGAAGAAUUAGGUGGUCUUCGUUGGGAACUCUUUGGGUGUCUUGUCUUUGCUUGGGUUAUUGUGUACUUAUGUAUAUUUAAAGGAGUCAAAUCCACAGGAAAGGUAGUAUAUUUCACUGCUGUGUUUCCAUACUUCAUCCUGUUUGCCCUGCUCAUCAACAAUGUGCAGCUUCCUGGAGCCAAGAAUGGUAUCCUCUAUUUUGUGACACCGGUGUGGAGCAAACUGUUUGAAGUGAAGGUUUGGCUUAAUGCAGCUGCUCAGGUGUUUAACUCACUUGGAAUAGCAUUUGGCUCGAUGAUUUCAAUGGCAAGUUACAACAAGUUCAACAACAACAUUCUCAGGGAUGCAUUGAUUGUAUCAGUGGCCAACUCUUUCACUAGUAUCCUGGCUGGCUUCGUGAUCUUCUCAGCUGUCGGUUACAUGUCUCAUAUACAUAACCUCCCAGUGGACAACAUAGCUACAGAUGGUGCUGGUUUGGUGUUUGUUGUGUACCCUGAAGUUCUUUCAACCAUGCCAGUCUUUCAGCUAUGGGCCCCACUUUUCUUUAUCAUGCUGUUGUGUCUGGGCGUGGACAGUCAGUUUGGUACAGUUGAGGUAGCUGUGACAUACAUAAAGGAUGAAUUUGGAGUCAAAGUUCUGCCGUUCCUGAAGAGAGAAGAGCUGCUGGUCCUGGCUGUGUGCUUUGUUUGCUUUGUACUGGGGAUUCCUCACAUUACCAAGGGAGGUAUCUACGUGUUUCAGCUGAUGGACCACUACACUGCUGUGGUUUCCCUUGUGUUCUUGGCUUUCUUUGAGGUUGUUGCCAUCUGUUGGAUCUUUGGUAUCCCACGUAUCUCCUUAAUGAUCAGGAGGAUGCUAGGAAAAAGUCCAAAUAUCUACUUCCGAGUCUGCUGGCUGCUGCUCUGCCCCAUGUUGGUGCUGUGCAUACUGGUUUCCAGCAUUAUUCAGUACACUCCUCCUCACUAUGGGAAGUACGAGUACCCAGUGUGGGCUGAAUGGGUGGGCUGGGCCAUCUCUUUGGUCUCUAUAGUAUGGAUCCCAUUUGGUGCAAUACAAGAGAUCUAUAACAAUAAAGGAUCCCUUCUUCAGAGACUGAAAACAGCUAUGACUCCGACAAUAGACCUGAAUGUUAUGGCUCACCUGCUGGAAAUACAAAACCUUGACAACCUGGCGUCUGAAAAAUUACUCAGUUCGGUGCCACCUCUGACACAGUGACCACAUACAAGGCCUGGAAUAAGCAGACUUUGGGCCAUUUCUAUCAUAAUCCCAGUUACAUCCAAAGAGCUGUUGUUAUCUCAAACUCUGCAUUUAUACUUUAACAACUCGAGCCACUUAACCUGUAGGCGACUUCAAAACCAUACAGUAAGUCACCCAUUGCACCUUUUACAAAGAAUGCAACUAAAAUCUGUGGCUUUGUUCACCAGAUGAAUUUUAAAAUUAUUUUAUUUUGGGUAGGAGUGGCUGAGGAGCAAGUAAUUGUUUAAAACGAUUGGUUCAUUAUGCUGUAAGGUUCAUUGUAUACAUCAGUGAGUCUGUGGGGUUAAAGAGUGUAUAAUGGAUCUAUCGUAGACGCAGUCACAAGCCUUUUAGGUCACUACAUUUAUGAGUUGAAUACUUAAUACUUAAUUUUAAAUCAACAAAAGAAAUGGGUUUGAAAAGGCUUGGUCCAAUGAACAGGAAGCAGACAUAUUCCUCCUACAAAUAUGAAAGCAGAAAAAUACAGGUUCUAUAGAUGUGUGACAGAUGUGAUCAGGUCAGCGGGUUAGCAGGUUACACCUGGACAUCCUAUAGUCUGCAGGCCAAAUUUGACCCCUUGGUUCUCCCUGUCGAGCCUGUGAGAGUUUAAGGAGAAUUUAGGAUUCAAAGGUGAAAAAGUAUAAAUCACGCAGUUUGUCCCAUUUCAUCCAACAAACAGAGGAUGGCUUACAGUUUUUUCUUUUACAAAAUUUGUUAAUUUUAUUUUGAAAGGAAUAUUCUUUAAAAAAUUAUAUUUGAUGCAGAAUAUAGUUGUUUUUUUUUUAACGAGACCUGGAUUUGUAAAUAUUUAUUUACUGAAGUCAGAGGUAAAGCUGCAUGCGUUGCUUGAUGAGAGCAUAUUGCUGUGUUUAAGGUUUACAAAGCAUUUGCAAAUACAAGCACAUGACUGAUGCAGAGACAUCUGAGCCUUUUAGCAAAGUUUGGAGAGUUGCUGUGCUAAUAUUUCCUAAUAAUAAAAAGAAGCGGACCCAAAUGCAGGAGGUAGGAGUCAAACUUAAAAAUGAGUAUUUAAUGCAGGUCGAUCAGGAAAAUGUACAAAGUCAAAAACUCCAAAGAGUGAGUCAGGGAAUGCAAAAGGCAAGAAAUAUACAGAGUGAGGGAACACACAGCUCACACAGGUAAUGUGUCAUAGGAGGACUGAAAAAAUAUAUACAGAAGGUAUAGGUUGGGAACAUAGACUGGAGGAAAGCUACAAUUAAUAUAAAGCACAGAGAGCAAUAGCUACCAAAAUAAAACAGGAAGUAAGACACGUUGGACAGAGAAAUAAGAUUAACUUGACACAAGAGACACUGAAGGACAAAAAAGGGUGCUAACAAAAUACCUGAAAGUCACAGUAACUAAAUUGAACUGGCAGCACUGCACAGAAUGAAAGGGACUAUGACAGUGGCACAUGGAGUAACUCCAUGCUUGGAUAGGCUGGAGCUGAGGUGGUAUGUUGCACCAACAUAUUUUGGUGAGCACUGACUUAAACAACACCAAGAGAUGUUGCAAAAAAUUAACCAUUUUGUUGAUAUUUUAACUCAAAUAGUUAACUUCAUCAGGGCAAGAGUACUGAAUCACUGACAGUUUGUUGCACUAUUGGAGGAGAGGUGACAUGGGCUACCACAGCUGUCAGGUGACUCAGCCGGGGCAAAGUGCUAAAACAAAUGUAGGACCUGAGAGCAGAAAUUUUAGUUUUAUGAAGAAAGGCGAGGGCGUUCCAGAGCUCUAAGAUGCAGGUCUUGCAUUUGGCAUUGAAGAGGCAGUCCUUCACAUUUAAAUUAAAAAAAUGCGGUGAAAAAGCAGCAGAAAAUGCACAUGCAGAGGAAUUCACAGCACUGAAGAGGCCAGUCACAACAGCUGUGCUGAUGUCAAGUCUAGUCACGUUUCCAGCGAGGCACACGUAAAGUUAUUGUGUUAGGGUUUCAGAAGGGUUUGUAGACAGAAGUCUAACUCAACUGUCAGCCACUGACCCUGACUUUAAUGCACUUGAGAAGACCAAAACAGACUAGAUUAAUCUUACUGAUCAAGACAAAAGAAGAUGAAGUAUUAAACUACAACCAAAGUAGAAAUAUCACUCUGUUUGAAGUGGACAUUUUGCAGAAACGUGCCAUUUUUUGCAAUUAUUUUGUGUGGCCAUCCACAGUCCCACUCCUGUAGCCCCUUGAGAAAAUGUAUUGCCUACCUCUGCUAUAAAGGAUAAGCUGGUCUAACCAUGAGAGGAAGGUUUGAUUAUAUUUUUAACCAAACUGAAGCUGGCAACCCACAAGAGUUUAGACGUUAUAAGUGGGGCCUUUGAGCUAGUGCUAUAAACAGAAUCUAGGUAACAAGUCUAUAAUAACUUCAGUGGGGAAGGACUUAUUUGGUAACUCAAGUUGGUUGUGUUUUGACCCCAAAACAGCUGAUAAUUUAUGACUUUUAUUUCUAUUUUUUUCUUGAAGGAGAAGCCAAAAAUUUCCGUUUACUAGAAAUUUAUCUUUAAGCUUUAUCUCUAAGAUUGCACUGUAGUGGAAAGUACAGUUUUUAAUGUCUGAUCCAGGGUCUCUAGAGCACAGUCUAAAUGUAAUUAACAUGGUUCAGCCAGUGCUGGAACUUUAAGCCUUGAUUUAACUCUGUGAGGUCUCAGUCAUGACCUUAUGUUCAGUCCUGUGUUCUGGAGACGUUCUGUGCUAAAAAUAAAUUGGUUUGUCAGUUAUAAUGUUCACUUUUUCGUCCUGAUUGACAGAACUUGGGAGAACAAUUUUAAAAAAUGAAAUAAAUAACAGCAACACUGAUAAUGACUGUGACAUCACGGUGUUAA